AUGGACAACUUCAAUAACUGCACCGUUGAGGGUGGCGCCCUGGUGACCACCAGGCGAGGACUCCAGGUAUCAAAAGCGAAACAUAAUGGGAUCUCGUUCGUCAACAUCAUUGCUGGCCCCGAGCAAACAUCAGAGGCGGCCCCACAAACUCGAUUGAGCCGCAGUACCGAUCUGGUUGAUCUGUCGCAGCCAUUGGAGAGACGCUUCAAGUUUGUCACUAAAAAUCAAGAGCCGAGGAAACCACGGGUCUCCCAGCCCAAUAAAACAACGCGAGCUAUUCAAAUCGACAGCAACAAGAGAAGUAAGCCACGGAAAGCGCAGAACAACGCCCCUCGCAUUCUAUCGAGCCAAGUCGGGCCGAUAUAUCUUUACGAUCCAUCUCUCGCAUCCUCGGAAGAAGUCGAGUCGCUUGAGAAGGCUCUUGAAGAAUUCCAGCAAUGCUACCAAAGCACACCCUAUCUAAGCACAACCUCUUGGCGUGCUGAAGUAUGGGCAACCCACAAUUAUUCUGUGCCAAUGUCCGUGAGCAAGCAGAAACUACUUCACCUAUACAUGCGAUUUAUCCCUUUCAAGAUGUAUCCUCUUGAAUGCAUUCUCAGUCACAACCCGACUCGGUCGCCGAAAUUUUUCGAAAGGUUGCAAGUCACACCGAAUUCUCUUGUCUCCGUAAUUGUGGCAGGGAGUUUGGUGGAGGCUGUUCUCAAGGGCGAACGGUGCAGUGACGACAUGCUCGAGCAGGAGUCUUAUGCUUGUGGCGUCGUCAAUGGAGAACUGCGGAAAAUCGCGAGACUUCGUGGUCAGGAGGCCCACGGCAUUAUGGAGUGCAUCUGUUCUAUGGCCGUUGGAAGUGCCCACCUAGGUCGGCACGACCACUGGCACAUGCACAUGAAGGGACUGAAGCAAAUUCUUGAGAUGACUGGUGGCAUAGACAAAGAAUGGACCUAUGUAAUGAACAAAGUGCGACGAGCCAAUGUGAAGGCCGCGGCCGCGUUAGCCACCAUACCAUACCUCGAGUAUGAGAGGAUAUACGGCAACAUAUCAGACUCUCUCCCGAGGACAACGCGCGCACGCCUCUCCAAGGCUGUCAAGGGGAUCCUGGCUUUCUGUAAUGUGCAGGAGGUCAUAUGCGAAUCCUUUGCCAGUCUCGUUCUUUUCAGUCAUGCCGUCUCAAAAGCCCUGGCCGCCAAGAAGCGCACCAUUCUCUAUGACCCGGAGGUUUUUAUCGAAGAGUGGCUAUGGGUCAUGUACCAGCUCAUCCGCUUCCCAGGUGUGCUACGUGACGAGAGCACACAGAUCCCAAGUAUUGAGCUUGAUCUCAACCUGGGCGAGCGUCGCUACAAGGAGCCCUUAGUUAGAGGGUCACGAUACUGUGCGCCGGGUAAGCUCGUGCCCGCUCACGCGGACAACAUCCUCGAGCCGGCGUUGCGUCUCGCUGGCUUGCUCUAUGUUGAUGCGCUCGUCCCUGACGAGCCAAGGACACUAAACGGGUAUGCGGUACUUCUGGGGCUUCUCACGACGGCCAUUGAUACCAUACUCAAGCGCCUGGCGGCGCGAGGGUGGGAAUAUGAAGAUGAUGCCGCCUUCGACGACGGACUCCCAGCCAUGGCGGUCAUGAAGCCAGUCCUGAUAUGGAUUGGCCUGGCAGGGUACGUUAUCGCAUGGACGGGUGAUGGAGAGCGGUUCUGGGGCCUAGGAAGGUACGACCGUAGCAUGUACUGCGAGUGUUUGGCGAAGGUCAUCGGGUCCACGCCACAGAGUGUUGACGCGUUACUGGAAAGCGAUCUAGCUCUAUGUGGUCUUUUGGACCCAAAGAACUUGUUGCGGAAGGAAAUCGCAACAAAAACACUCUUGAAGGGGAUUUUGAAAGAGUAUAGCGAUGGAGAGGAGUUCAAGUGUUGA